ACGAAGAAACUCAACCUUACUGGGAGACACAGAAUCUCGACUGGAACUCAGAAGCGCAAAUUAGAAGAUAGCGGACGUGGUUUCCUUCCAUAAUUAUCUGCAUAUACGAAUAUCUGGGUAUGUCACGUUUGCUCAAAGGCUGCCAGCAAUGCCGAAAUAGAAAAGUAAAAUGCGACCGACGAACAGGUGGAUGUCGACGAUGUGAGACCAGGGGUGAGCCUUGCUCCGGAUACUCUGUCGAAGGAGCAUUCAUCUUCAAGAGCGAGACUCAAAAGGUGGAGCAGAAAUUGCAAUCUCAAUCAAAAGUCAAUGGUCCGCUGCCAAAAGCCACUUGCUCGAGAAUGCUGACCUGGAGGACGCCUGCUGGUCCAUGCUCGAAUACAACACCCUUCGAGUUCAGCAUUUCGUCAAACACACCGGAGUCAUUACGAAAGGAGCUUGGUACCGAUAAUCCUGAGGUUUGGAGAUUCUUCGACCGCUUUGUGAUGUAUCCUUGCAACAGUGGAUCAUCCCGCGGGUUCCUUGAACAUCUUCCGAGCCUCUUCAUGGAGCCCAAUAUCACGCACCGAUAUGCACUGCGCUAUGCCGUUCUUGCAGUCGCAUAUGCGAGCGCUACGGAUGGAACGAACGGAAAGGAGAGAAAGCAAAUGGCGUUCCAUUUUUACGGCCUAGGGCUGUCAGCUUUGUCAAAAAGUCUGGAAGACGACAUCACAGAGAGUUCUGAUUACGUAUUGAUGACCGUCGUAGUAUUGGACAUCUUUGAGUCGCUGUAUUGCGACAAUCCGUCAACAAUAGACUCUCACGUUCAAGGUAUGAGAAAUAUCCUUCGCUUACGAGGUUCUCACGGGGAGUACGAUCCCAAAGGAUGGAGCCUUCUGCGGCUUUCACACCACAGAAUGAAGCGCCAUGAGCUUGCUCGCGGACUUCCGCCAAUGCCGGAUUCGACCCAAUGGCUGGACAAUCUCGACGAAGGCGAUCCAUUUGUCGACAUUGAGAAACGCAACAGCAAAAUCAAUGAAGUGUGCGAGAAAGCUCGCCAAUGUCUACGAAACGUCAAUAAUGAUGGCCUUGAUGCUCUCACAAUAGUAUCAGUAAUUCGAGAAAUGCACACUUUGGACCAGCUUGCCGUGAAUUGGCAUGAAAAGCCACAUUGGAAAUUUACGACAAUCUCCAGAGAAGACGUAGAAUGUACUCCAGAGCUAUUUGCUCUCUUGCCGGAAACCCUGCAGCUACAUUCUGAUGCCUGGAUGGCCUACGAAUGGAAUUAUCACAGGACGGCUCGGAUCUUGAUGCAUUGCCAGCUCCUUAAAUGCCUCGACCGCCUCGACCGCCUCAAAAAUCACACAGUCAAUUGCGAGGUAAAUGAAUUGAGAGCCUACUCUUUAAGCACUGUUCGACAUUUGACCGAUGAAAUUCUCUCAACCGUCCCUCAAUCGCUAGGUGACAUUACUAACAAGGGAAAGCCAAUUAAAAGUACUACAAGUCCCAAGGGCAAGGCCGUCGGUGGCUAUUUUCUCCUAUGGCCUACCAAAGUCAUCAAAAAUUUGGAUAUAAUUACACCACAUCAGGCUAUGUACGCCGAGUUGACAUUCGAACGUAUCAGAGAACAUACGGGGAUGAAAUCUGCGCUCACAGACUUGAGACAGGAUUGA